GAAAUAUAUUCCUAAUAAUUCCUUACAAAAUAAAAUAAUAUAUCUUUUCCAUUAUUAGGACUCAGAAAGUUGAUCACACUUUACACCUGUUUCAUCCUAUACAUUUGUCCUAUAUAAAGCACUUGGUCUUCAAUCAUUCAACAAAAACAAAGAAAACACACAUAUACAAAGUCUCAACCAAAAGCUCUAUAUGAAAACUAAAACUUCCACUCUAUUAAUUCAAGAAUUCAUGGAGAACUUCCACUACUCAAGAAGACUACUCCCGGAGACCACCAUGGCGACGCCUCCGGCAGCAGGAAUCAGCCACGGCCCAAUUGAUCAACCACUUGGUCACAAAGUCAACACAUUUGAUGCAAAUGUUAUUAUGGUCUUGGCCGUACUUGUAUGUGCCGUAAUUUGUUCAUUUAUCUUGAAUUUCAUCAUAAAAUGUGCAUUUAGGUGCUCCACCCUAAUACUGAUUGACUCAUCCUUAAACCAUACAAACCAUAACCCUUCUUCAGCAAAAUUGGCCAAUAGAGGAAUCAAGAAAAAAACCCUCAACACAUUUCCAAUUAUAACAUACACUACUGAGUUGAAAUGUCCAGGGCUCGAUUCAGAGUGUGUUAUUUGCUUAUCGGAAUUUGUAAUCGGAGAGAAAAUUAAGGUUCUCCCUAAGUGCAACCAUGGAUUCCACGUCAAGUGUAUUGAUAAAUGGCUCAAUUCACACUCUUCUUGCCCUACUUGUAGGCACUGCCUUAUUGAGACAUGCCAAAAAUUUUCUUCAAUUUCAUCAGCAAUACCAGUACAAGAAGUUGUAAUAAGGAUUGAACCUCUCCAACGAGAACAGGUUAUAUCUAACAAUCAAAGUUAGAUAGGAAAAAUAGUACUAAGCUAGUAGUACACACAAUCAAUUAGAUUAGAAGCCUAGCUUUCAAGUUGAUAGUUUUGUUCCUUUUUUUUCUUAUUCCAAAAGUUUUGGCUAGCUAUUUUGUCUUGCAAGUGUAUAAAUUAUAUUUUGUUCCUGUU